AAUUAGUCAAGAAUACUUUUCGUCUUGUUAUCAGAAAUCCUUUCUGAGGGUGCAGAGUGAGCCACGUUUUGAGUCAUCCAUUACGAGAUUCAGAGCUUCGCGAAGAGCACGCUCGUAUCCCGACUACGUGUCCACGUGCAUGAGGAUAUCCCGCAAACAUUACAAUUUUUUACAGAAUUAUUUAACGUCGGGCAUUUACUCCGUUUUAGGUAUCUCCAGUCCGCGUAAUCGGGAUUUCUUACUUAUUAACGUGUCGUUCGCGCUGUUAAAGGCUGUUCACUUUAAUAUGCAAACGUCGGGGUGCUCACGCCUCUGCGCAAAAUAUGCUAAUAUGUAUACGAUGGUCUCGGCAACGUAGUAAGCAGAUAAACGGAAUGACACGGGUGCACCGCGUUCUGACCGUCUCGGAAAAUGUGUUUACAGCGUGUUAGGCGGUCGAUCACGCGUCACUGAUGCGCAGAGGCGCCGCGGUGCCUUCGUUCUUUGACGUCCCAUUAUGCAAAAUCGUCUUCCAUGUCGUACCUGACGCCAAAUGCCGAACGACGCGUGGACGAUUUGACGUGAAUUCACGCUGAUGACGCCGCGGGCGACCGCCAGGCAAAAUACUGCCCAUCAACGACGAACGCCGGGAUACGAAGAUUGAAAAAGAACGAAACCGAACACAGCCGGUUAGCGUUAGUUGAAAAAAACGCAAAAUUGUGCAAGAUACUUGCCAACGUAACGCGUAAUCUGCCCGCUAAUGUGAAAUUAGUGACAUAAUUUGCUGAAUCAUUCAUCGAUUGAACGGAAAGGUAUCGUUAUCAAAAUUAUGCGUUACGGUUACUUGAACUUUAAAAGUUUGAACGCUCUCGUCAGUCGGACUCAGAAAGUAAACAUAAUUCUUGAUUCAGCUUUACAUUUAGAAGGAAUGUAUAAAAUUUUUGCAAAAACGGAAUAUAAAAUCGGUAUUGCUCGGAAGGAUAUUUUCAAAGUUUCGUUAUUUUUCGUAGGAAACUUGGAAACACGAAUCAACUCUGAAAAAUCAGCUCUCUCAGAUAGUACGAUUCCACUGCGAGUUUUCAAUGUUUAUUAUCGCGGAAAUCGGAGAACAUCGAAGAACUGGAAUAAGGAAGACGAGAAGAAGAACGAUAUCAUCAAAGAGGAUAACGAUGUAUCCUUUUUGACGAAAAGGUGACGAUGAAAAUACUUCACCUGCAAAAGGAUUGUUUGACCACAUCUCAUCAAGAAAAGAGCACAUGCGAGACAUAUAAGUAUCGCAGAGCGUGUUAACCCAUCGACAAAACUCGUUAACGAGCGAGAGAGAUACUUCCCCGAGAGAAGCAAUUUAUAGCGUACAAAAGCAUCGGCGGGGCGUGGUGUGUGCAAUGGGAGGGAACGAAGACCGUAAACCCAGUUUUAUCAAUGUUUUCGGAGCUAUCGGCCGGGCGCGAGAGGAUUAGCGAUGUCGUACUUUAUGCAGAAGUCAAUUGGACCAUCGGUGCCAGCGGACACGCCGAGCGUGAAGAGGAGAUUCGGGUCGAAAUGAAAAUGGGCGACGGCACGGCGACCACCGCCGCCACUGCUGCUGCUGCUAAAUGGGCUCUGAGCGGGUUACCCAACUGUUGCGCCUUCAUCAGAAAUUUAUGCAGAAUCCUGGGUUAACCGUCCCGGCCAAUCAGCUUUGUAACCGAGCUAACGUUCUACCGACGAGCGCGAGAGUAUAAGGCCCUGAUUUAGUAAAAAGCUAGUUAAUAUUUCAUUCGUUCGUCGCGACCGCAAGCGUACCGCUCGAGGAUCGCAUCGUCGAUCGGCUGCUUCAGCCAAACCAGAUCAGUCCUUGCUGAACUGUUCUUGACAGAAUCAUUCGCGGAGAACCGCGCGAGAAUCUGCACCGUUAAAAAUUGUGCGUCCAUAUGUUAAAAUUCUCUUGUGUUGCCAUGUUUUGAUUACUACUUCAA